AUGGCUUCGACUAUUCAAGAAAAGGAAGCUGCUACUUUUCAAGAUGAUGUUGUGUCUGCUUCAAGUCUAGGCUCAUCAGAAUCUAACACAAUCGUGGUAAGCGUUGACAAUGGAAAGUUUGAAACAGUGGUAAAGAACUGGACUGAUGAGGAAGAGAAGAGAGUGGAUAGGAAGAUAGAUUUCCUAGUGAUGCCUUUGUUGAUGUUUGCUUUCUUUAUAUUACAAGUUGAUAGAGGAAACAUCUCAAAUGCUUUGACCUCAACUUUGAAGGAAGAUAUUGGCUUGGACAUUAAUAAGGUGAAUGCUGGGACAGCUUUGUUUAACGUCGGGAUUGUUCUUUUCGAAAUUCCAAGUAACAUUUUGUUACAAAAAUUUGGAGCCGCUAAAUGGUUAAGUUUCCAAAUUGUCGUCUGGUCGCUCUGCGCUACUUUGCAAUCAUUGAUAACCAAUUAUAGAUCAUUCCUUGCAACAAGGUUUUUAAUGGGAAUGCUCGAAUCAGGAUAUAUACCAGGUGGGUUGUACUACAUAAGUACUUGGUACACCAGAAAGCAGUUGACUUCUCGUUACACCUACUAUUUUGUGGGUAACUUGUCAGCGAUUGCAUCUAGCUCGCUUAUUGCAGCUGGUAUUUUGAAAAAUGUGGCAGGGAACUCUGGUUUAGCUGGCUGGAAAUGGAUCUUUAUAAUUGAAGGCGUGAUGGGAAUUGGUUACGGUUUAAUAUUCGCUGCAUUAUUACCGAAUUCACCUACUGAUCCAAGACCAUUCUGGAAAGGGUUCAGAAUGUUUACCGAAAGAGAAUCUCAAAUAAUCAGAGGGAAGGUUCUCUUAGAUGAUCCAGAAAAGUUGAAUGGUUCCGAAAAUAUCUCAUGGUCAGAUAUCAAGGAGACUAUCUCUCAAUGGAGGGUGUGGAUGCAUUUCCUUUUCACCUUAUCCUAUAUGCAAUCUGGACAGGCAUUGGGUACUUACGUGCCAACUAUUGUUAAAAGCUUAGGAUAUUCUAGUGUUGCCGCUAAUGCAAUGACUUCCAUUGGAUAUUGGUGUGCAGUAGUAGUAAUGAUCAUUUUGACAUUGAUAUGUAACUAUCUGAAGCUAAGGUCACCAUCAAUUAUCUUCCUCGUCAUUUGGCAGUUGGCAACUAACAUAGGGCUUUACUCAGUCGCUAAAACAAGCAAGUCCAAUGCAAAAUUUGGACUCUUAGUGUUGUCCUGUAUUAGUUCUGUAAUUGGACAUGUUUUAAACUUAGGCUGGGCUAGUAGCAAUGUCAAAACGCCUGUGCAUCGUAGUAUAACGAUGGCGAUGAUAGUCAUGGCUGCAAACAUGGCAGGUAUUUGCGGUGGUCAAAUCUUAAGAACCAAUGACUCUCCAAAUUAUGUCCAUGCAUUCUUAGCAUUGAUGAUUGUAAGUAUAUUUACUUUAUGUCUUGCUGUAUUCAUGACGGUUCAAUAUAUAUACAGUAAUAAGCAGUUGGAUUUGAAAUAUCCAAAUUUGGCGAUACAAGCUGAAAGUGACCACGAAACUCAGAUUGAAAAGGUCUACAAUAACAGAAUUGUUAUUAUUGGUAAAAAUACCGAGAAUUCGAAUGUUAAAAGCAUUCUUUCAGGAGUCAAUACUAAUGGCUACUCUAUUGAAUAUGAGAAAGCCAGAUCUAUUGUUGGUGAUGAGCAAUUUAGAUUCAAAUUGUAG